AUGGCUGCUGAAAAGCCCGAGAAGAUGGAGGGUGAUACUUCGCUAAUUCCCGAUGAAGCCCAGAUCAAGUCGGUCGACAUGACCGAUGAGGAGCAGCAAGAGGCCAUUGCGCUCGCUAUUGAGGCCAUGGAUAAGUAUCGCAUUGAGAAGGACAUUGCCCAGUACAUCAAGAAAGAAUUUGAUUCACGCCGUGGUGCUACCUGGCACUGUGUGGUUGGCCGCAACUUUGGCAGCUUUGUCACGCAUGAAACAAAGCACUUCAUUUACUUUUACCUCGGCCACUGUGCCAUUCUCCUCUUCAAGACCCAGUAA